UGUGACGCGAGCCCUCGCUCCACCCGUCUGCAGCCACUCCCUGUCUUCGUCCCUAAACUCGAGAAGGACACGUGACUCUCCCGGGGCCAGUCACGUGAGGAGUGGAUCCUGGUUGGGAGGGGGUAGACAGAGGGGUCUGGAGUGGCAGUAGAGGAGGAAGAUGGCGGGGUGCAGGGGGUCUCUGUGCUGCUGCUGCCGGUGGUGUUGCUGCUGUGGUGAGCGUGAGACUCGCACCCCUGAAGAGCUGACUAUCCUUGGGGAAACACAGGAAGAGGAGGAUGAGAUCCUUCCAAGGAAAGACUAUGAGAGCCUGGACUAUGAUCGCUGCAUCAAUGACCCUUACCUGGAAGUGCUGGAGACCAUGGACAACAAGAAAGGGCGAAGGUACGAGGCGGUGAAGUGGAUGGUGGUGUUUGCCAUCGGCGUCUGCACCGGGCUGGUGGGACUCUUCGUGGACUUCUUUGUACGCCUCUUCACCCGACUCAAGUUUGGAGUGGUUCAGACAUCGGUGGAGGAGUGCAGCCAGAAAGGCUGCCUCGCCCUGUCCCUACUCGAACUCUUAGGUUUUAACCUGAUCUUUGUCUUCUUGGCCAGCCUCCUCGUCCUGAUCGAGCCGGUGGCUGCGGGUUCUGGGAUCCCUGAGAUCAAAUGUUAUCUGAAUGGCGUGAAGGUGCCAGGAAUCGUCCGGCUGCGGACCCUGCUCUGCAAAGUGUUCGGAGUGCUGUUCGGUGUGGCAGGCGGCCUCUUUGUGGGGAAGGAGGGCCCCAUGAUCCACAGUGGGGCCAUUGUGGGAGCCGGCCUUCCUCAGUUUCAGAGCAUCUCCUUACGGAAGAUUCAGUUUAACUUCCCCUACUUCCGAAGUGACAGAGACAAGCGAGACUUCGUAUCAGCAGGGGCAGCUGCUGGAGUCGCUGCGGCAUUUGGGGCCCCGAUUGGGGGCACCUUGUUCAGCCUAGAGGAGGGCUCGUCCUUCUGGAACCAAGGGCUCACGUGGAAAGUGCUCUUCUGUUCCAUGUCUGCCACCUUCACCCUCAACUUCUUCCGUUCUGGAAUUCAGUUUGGAAGUUGGGGUUCCUUCCAGCUCCCUGGAUUGCUGAACUUCGGCGAGUUUAAGUGCUCUGACUCUGAUAAAAAAUGUCAUCUCUGGACUGCUAUGGAUUUGGGUUUCUUCGUCGUGAUGGGGGUCAUUGGGGGCCUCCUAGGAGCCACAUUCAACUGUCUGAACAAGAGGCUUGCAAAGUACCGUAUGCGAAACGUGCACCCGAAACCUAAGCUUGUCAGAGUCCUGGAGAGCCUGUUGGUGUCUCUGGUAACCACCGCGGUGGUGUUCGUGGCCUCGAUGGUGCUAGGAGAAUGCCGGCAGAUGUCCUCUUCGAGUCAAAUCGGUAAUGGCUCGUUCCAGCUCCAGGUUACCUCAGAAGAUGUGAAUUCCAGUAUCCAGACCUUCUUCUGUCCCAAUGACACCUACAAUGACAUGGCCACGCUCUUCUUCAAUCCCCAAGAGUCUGCCAUCCUCCAGCUCUUCCACCAGGAUGGGACGUUCAGCCCCAUUACCUUGGCCUUGUUUUUCGUCCUCUAUUUCCUGCUUGCCUGUUGGACUUAUGGUGUUUCGGUUCCAAGUGGGCUUUUUGUACCUUCGCUGUUGUGUGGAGCUGCUUUUGGACGUUUAGUUGCCAAUGUCCUAAAAAGCUAUAUUGGACUGGGCCACAUCUAUUCGGGGACCUUCGCGCUGAUUGGUGCUGCAGCUUUCUUGGGGGGGGUCGUCCGCAUGACCAUCAGUCUCACGGUCAUCCUGAUUGAGUCCACCAACGAGAUCACCUACGGGCUCCCCAUCAUGAUCACCCUGAUGGUGGCCAAAUGGACAGGGGACUUUUUCAAUAAGGGCAUUUACGAUAUCCACGUGGGCCUGCGAGGCGUGCCGCUUCUGGAAUGGGAGACGGAGGUGGAAAUGGAUAAGCUGAGGGCCAGCGACAUCAUGGAGCCCAACCUGACCUACGUGUACCCGCACACGCGCAUCCAGUCUCUGGUCAGCAUCCUGCGCACCACGGUCCAUCACGCCUUCCCAGUGGUCACCGAGAACCGGGGCAACGAGAAGGAGUUCAUGAAGGGCAACCAGCUCAUCAGCAACAACAUCAAGUUCAAGAAGUCCAGCAUCCUCACCCGGGCCGGCGAGCAGCGCAAGCGGAGCCAGUCCAUGAAGUCCUACCCGUCGAGUGAGCUGCGCAACAUGUGCGACGAGCACGCAGCCCCCGAGGAGCCGGCCGAGAAGGAGGACCUCCUGCAGCAGAUGCUGGAGCGCAGAUACACCCCCUACCCCAACCUGUACCCCGACCAGUCCCCGAGCGAAGACUGGACCAUGGAGGAGCGCUUCCGCCCACUCACCUUCCACGGCCUGGUCCUGCGCUCGCAGCUCGUCACCCUGCUGGUGCGCGGUGUCUGCUACUCCGAGAGUCAGUCGAGUGCCAGCCAGCCGCGCCUGUCCUACGCCGAGAUGGCCGAGGAUUACCCGCGGUACCCAGACAUCCACGACCUGGACCUCACGCUGCUCAACCCGCGGAUGAUCGUGGAUGUCACCCCAUACAUGAACCCUUCGCCCUUCACCGUGUCCCCCAACACCCACGUGUCCCAAGUCUUCAACCUGUUCAGAACAAUGGGCCUGCGCCACCUGCCCGUGGUGAAUGCAGUCGGGGAGAUCGUGGGGAUCAUCACGCGGCACAACCUGACACAUGAGUUCCUGCAGGCACGGCUGCGGCAGCACUACCAGACCCUCUGAUGCCCACCCACUGCUCUCGGCUCACACUGUGGCCGCUGCCAACUGCACUGUCCCAGGGCACGAAGGUUCCCAGGAGCCCGCAUGCUCGGAAAGCCUGGAAUCGUUGGGCACUUGCUGUUCAGAGGCGCUGGGAAGGGUGUUGAACUGUCAGAGUUGGGACUUCUCUGAACUUCUCAGCAAGUACCCGUCCCGUGCUCCCUGUGUUCCCACACCCGGUGUUGGCACAGCCCCCCCAGCCCCCCAGCCCCUUUCUGCUUUCUCAGGGGAGCUCAGCUGUGCCUUCACCACUCCAGCAGGGGCUCAGGCUGAGGCCAGCAGAGUCAAGCUCCUCCCCAAGUGUGGGACUGGAUAUGGAGAAGCUUCCCCUCGGGGAGGCCGCCUUCCCCGGACUCUCGCCUCCUCCAGGUCAUCCAGAGGGACACGCAUGCUUCCUGGGGCAAGCCUGUGUCCAAGUCUCCUUGGAUCCCGCCCUGCAGGGCGCAGAGCGUUUAAGUCCCAGGGAUCAUCUGCAAGCGAGAAAUCAGUAGCAGGGUCAGACUGCCGUCUCCCCACCCGCCCCACCCCUCGUCUCUGAGACGGACCCCUCCCCAGUUUGUGUUUCUGUCUUGCUGGGAGACAGCCAUGGCGCACAGCUCAGCCUUCCAGAGUUACCUGGAAGCAGGGCGGCCUGAGGCAGAAGCACUUCCCUGAGCCCCAGGGAACAAGACCAUCUUAUGAGCUAGCUGGUAGGGAGUUCAUCCAGGGUCAGGUCGCUCAAAGGGUCAUGUAGGGAAAAGCAGUAGCUUCUUCCAGGAGGAAUUGUCUCCCCUCACAGCCAUCUCUCACUUGCUGGCCACUGCCCUGUCCUCCCAGGGGCUCAGAGACAGGAACUUCAGCGGCAUCUGCAGUGCCGCUGGUGCUGGGUGGAGGGGGGCUUGGGGCUUAGCACAGCGCAGGAGAUUCACACACCCCAGCCCCUGCCAGGUCUCAGUGGCAUCCUUCUCGGGCUGAGGUCCCUUCUGAGCAUGCGCCUGGGUGAUCCUGGGAAGGGCUUUUGCACUCCUCUUCCUCCAGUGUGGGUGUCAGCAGAGCUCCCAUUGGCUGUCCCCACGGCUCUUGUUCUGGUGUCUCAGAUGGCAGCAUUUGCAUUUAGUGUUUUUAACCCAUGAAGUCUCCUCUGGCUUCGGCCUGGGCUUGGCUUCUUGCAGCCCAAGCUCGGGAUCAAACCUGGCCAGGUCAGUGGGCACCUUGAGCUCAGUGCACCCCAGGGAAUCAUCCACAGGCGUAGAGGGGAGCUUCUGGGUGCCUGUGGUCCUGCCUCCCAUCCUGCUUAUCUUUUUGACCAAAAUGACUCUGAUUUAUACAUUUUGCAGCUUCUCUAGAUGCUCCUGACUUGUGAGUUGGGGCGAUACUCCCAACAGAUAGCUCAGGACAUCAUAACCCUGUUCAUGGGUUUGUGUUCAGCUAGCUGCUGCUUCAUUUUAUGGCAGCAUUCGGAGCUUGACUACAUCACCUCUUCAUUUUAUAAAGAAGGAAACCAGUUGCCAGGCACGGUAGCGUGCCUUUAAUCCCAGCUCUUCUGGAGGCUGAAGCAGGAGGAUGGAGAGCUCAAAGCCAGCUUGGGCA